AUGCCAGAGAGUGUUAUCUGUGUACCAAAAUCAGGAAAAGAGGAUAAUAUUCCGUCAACAACAGCUACGUCCGAACUGUCUUCCAAUAUAUCAGUACUAAAAAGCAAAGACAACACAACAAAACAAGACAUCAUUUCUACAACCGACAUCGAGGCCGAUCCAGAAUCAGAUGCACCAAUGAUGGCACAAGAACUAGAAAUCCUCUUACCGCCAGAAGAGCAGAGAGAGAUCGAGCAGGAUGAAGCCGCCGUAUCCCAACCACCUCUCGAAAGCAACAGAGCGCGAAAAAAGCGUCUCUGGGUCGCUAAAAUCAUCAAGCAACCCUAA